AUUCCCAUCGCCAUACAUAUAUAUGCUCUAAAUGAUGUUGUGUCUCUGCGUGUGCUCUGGUUUAAUGUUUCUUCACCGUUCCUCCCAGUCAAAUUCAACGGCUUGACAGAGUGAACAUAUAUUUAAUUUUACACUUGGACGUUUUGCUGCAUGCUACAGCAAAUGUGUGUGUGUUGAAUCUGCAACUGCUCUUUCAUUAAUGGGUCCAACACGCAGUUGAUGGGGAACAUGCAUAUCAUCAUAGAAAAAAGACGACAAAUUGUUUUUUUUUUAAAAUUUGUCUGGUUUGGCUAAAGUAUAUUCUCUUAAAUUGUGUGAAUAAAACGUAUUAACUGGAUCCAUCUUGACAUUCUGGGAAGGGGCUAGGUGACGGAUUUCUGUUUUCAGCUCAGGAUGGUGGAAUAACUCUAAUAGCUGUCUGCAUAAGUCACUGAUGGAGCCAUAGAUGUACAGUAUGAACAAAUGUGACAGUAACUUCCAGUCGUCUGCCAUGUUUGAAGGCUCAGAGUCCGCUGAGGGGGAGGGAGGCAGCACGGAGAGCACACUGGCCUCAUCCGUCAGCACCUGUAAGAAGGUGCUGUGCAGUAACACUGUGCUGGACUCGUCCGAGUACUGGCUGAGGAACGAGAAAGCUCUGUGCCGACUGGGCCUGCUGGACGACGACAUGGAGGGCAGCUGCACCGUGGUCUGUUUUGUAAAUCUGGACCCGCAGAAAACGGACUAUCAUGAUGACAAAAGCAUCAAGAAACUGGCAUCGAUAUCCCCAGACUUGCCAAAGCUUGUUGAAUUACUCGCUGCCCAUCAGCCGAAAGAAAACGAGAUUCUACUGCUUGGUGGGCUGGAAGGCUCAGACACCUGCCAAACACACCCACACGCCACCUCUCAGCCUCAGAGGAGUACAGGCGUGUGUCUGGUUCAGUGUUCAGAGCAAAGACGCGCAGCCCAACCCAGCAGCAUCAUCGUCGAGAUAAACAAGUUCCUGAUUGGUCUGCAGUGGGGGAAGGAGAGGCAGCAUCAGCAGGGCCGUGCAACGGGGCAGCGGGUUGAUGAUGACACCAAUCGCUCCAUCUCUUCCAUAGAAGAAGACUUCCUGACUGCCUCAGAGCACCUGGGUGAGGACAGCGAGGAUGACGGCUUCAAAAAUGAGCAAGAGACCGGUGACUUGGCAAACAGCUUGGCAGAGGUUGCGCAGAAACACUGUGUCAGACUUGCAUGUCAAAGGGCCCAUCUGGCCCAUCACCAGAGCAAGGAGGAUGCUGAAGUGAAAAGGGAAGCGCAGCAAAGAACUAGUGUACACACUAAGGAAUCAGCUGGUCAUUAUGCCACCAAUCUAGCUGAGUCAGUCCUGCAGGAUGCCUUCAUACGCCUCUCUCAAGAUGAAACCUCCUUUGUCUCGGAGGCUGCCGUCAGUGUUUCCCUGACUAGUCGCCCUUCAAACUCUACGUGUCCUUCUAAGUCUAAAGAGCCUACCCAACAGCGCACCUGUUCUUUUGAACUCCCCAAGAUUGUUAUAGUUCAAAGUCCAGACAGUUCCGAUGGGGCUGCAGAAUGGCCAGAGACUCAAGCGUCCCAUGUGCCUGAACAUAACAUUGCUGCCAAAGCCAGAGAGACGCCAGACAACGGCACACAUGCUCACACUUGCAACCACAAUCAUGUAGAGGUGGCUUUGGCCUGUGCCGCCAGUGUCAUUGGCACAAUUACUGCCCCCCAGUUGACAGAACAGCUCACCACAGACUCUGCAUCAGAGGAGGAUGUAGAUGAGGAGUUGCAGGACUCGGAACAUAGAAGUGACUACUCGUUCUCCUCAGCCAUGUGUGGCAUGGCUCAGGUAGCUGGUGCCGUAGCAGCUGUGGAGCUAACAGAGGAACCAAGGGAGGGAGCUGAUUUGGAUGCCGAGCCUAUGGAAGCCUACACCGCAUCCCAGGGCCUAAUGUCAGCUGCUGAGGCGUCUGCAGCUGUCACACUGCACUGCAGCGUGGUGGAGGGUACCAGUGUUGAAGCUUUUCGUGCCAACAUUGCUGAGGUCCUACACAGAGAGGCAGCUGAGGUGCUGACUCAGCCAGAAGGCUACAAGAGUGUAGCUCACCUGCUGGAGGCUACACAUAACAAGAUAGUAGAUGGAAUUACUUGUCCAAAGAAAUCGUGCAUGGAUGAAAGAGACGUGGAUGACUUGAUAGAUGAAGUUGCCGAUAGCCUAAUUAGACAUGCUUUAGAGAAGGCUAAGAAGAGAGAAGAACUGGAGGGUACUGGCAAAGACGCACCAACCUUCCAGAUCUUCCUGCAGGACAGCGUGAACAAUUUGCUGUUUGAUAUCCUUUGUAUGACCCAGAAAAAAAUCAGUCACAUGUCUAAAUGCGAGCAUACGUCAGCUGAAACACAAGGUGAUCCUUGUGCUGGGGAGCCUCCUACUACCAAGGAGAUCAAGGAUUCCUUAAGCCAGUUACGAUGCUUAGCUGCCCAAAGUCACUCCACCAAUAGUAGAAACCACACUGGGACACUACACUGCACAGAAAAGCUCAACAUUGUUUCUGGACUGAGAGAAAAAUUUGGGCUUGAGGAAAGUGAUCUCGGUACAUCACACAGUAAAGAGCAACAGCAGCAGUCAUUGUGUAGACAAAGUCUGUUUAAAUCCACAUCCUUGCCUGCCAAAGACUUCUCUGACUACCAGCAGUACAAUGGCACCAUCAGAGAACCUUUGAGUGAAAUUCCACUUCAUAGUGCAGAGAAGAGGGGGCGACUAGUGACAGCCAGCGAUAGCAGACAGGCCUCCCUUUCCCCCCAGUCUUCCCUUAAUUCUUGCAGUUCGCUGCUCUCUCUGAGAAUGGACUCAGAGUCCAGAACGCCUAUCACUUGCUAUGCUGAUGACUUGGCAGCUACUGUGGUGUCCAUGGCCACAGAACUAGCAGCCAUCUGCCUGGAGAACUCCACUGGAAAGCAGCCCUGGUUCUGUGCCCUGAAUGGUUCAGCUGAAGGACCCGAGGGCUACUUGAUCCCUGCUUGUCGCUCAGUGCUUAGAAGAAAAGAGGGUCAGAGCGGCAACGCAGCCUCCAAAAAGCAUCGCGCACCACGCCUCAGUGAGAUCAAGAAGAAAACGGAGGAGCAGCCGGAGUUGAUGGAGCGUCUUGUGAACCGGGUGGUGGAUGAGACUGUCAACCCCGACGACCCCCAGGACCCAUUUGCUCUCUUUGCCUCUGAAGUCACAGCCAGGAUCAUGAACUGUCCUGAGCUCAACGUGGUGGACACCUCCAAAACAGGCCAGCCACGCAACAGACUGCAGUGUGAGAGGUGGAGCCGUGGGAAGGCAUCAAGUUAUGAGAGCAUUCCAGAAGAGGACGCAGAUCCCUCGGGCACACCCAACACUCUGGGCCCUGGCAGUCGGUUAGGCCAGAACUUGAGUCGCGGUAGCUCGAUAUCUAAGCAGUCGAGCUGUGAAAGCAUUACAGAUGAGUUUUCACGAUUCAUGGUUAACCAGAUGGAAACCGAGGGCAGGGGCUUUGACCUUCUGCUGGACUACUAUGCAGGGAAAAACGCCUGCAGCAUUCUGGCUGCAGCUGUGCAACAGGCUGCGUCAAAGAAAAACGGUCACCUUAAUGUCCGGGCUUCGUCCUGCCUGUCUAAACAGUCUAGCACAGAGAGCAUCACAGAGGAGUUCUACAGGUUUAUGCUCCGGGACAUGGAUAAGGAAAACAAAGAGUACGGCAUCGCCAAGACUAAAGAGUGGAGUAACAGCUUGUUUCCGCCUUCUCCUCGGACUCCCUUCUGUAUUAGACAGUCCUCUGUUCCAGACAGACGCUCCUCGGACUCACGACUGACCGUCAACUCUCCCAUUAAAGCAAACUCUUUUGAUGGAUUUGCUCGCAAUGUGCAUGGAGACACACUGAACAUCUACCCCAGCAACACGGUGUCAGCCACUGGACUGUGUAAAUCAGACUCCUGUCUCUAUCAAAGAGGAAAGACAGACCAGAUUACUGACAUGCUGAUUCAUGAGACCUGGUCGAGCUCUAUUGAGUCCUUGAUGCGAAAGAACAAGAUCAUUGCUGAUCCAGAGGACAGUAUUGAGCUGGAGGCUGCAGGGGACUCUCAGCCCCAUGUGCAGCAGUUUGCCAAUCGUCUGGCAGCUGACAUUGUGGAUAUUGGCAAGUCUUCCCUUGGUGGCCAACAAGAUGGAGCUGCGAGCCCACUCGGGACACGCUCUCCGUCGCACAUGCCUGUUGGAGAAAGGAGGAGGGGGUUCAAACAAUCUCACAUAGGUUGCAGCCGGGGCCGGCCCAGUCAGGAGCAAAGUGGAGCAGGAAUAGGAGGAAUAGGAAAUGGGGCUAGUGAUACUAUUGCAUCCCGCAUGAGAAGCCCGAAAGGUGUGCCGCUGAUUCACAUUGAAGGAGAUCAGAAGGAGGAGAGUCUGUUAAACCCUGGGAGGACAGGAGUCGUUCCUCAGGAAACGCCCCCAGAUGCUUCAGCUCUCAAGCGUGCAGAAAGAGCGCCAGCCAUCAGCAGCAGCAGUGAGAGGGACAGGCCAGCUGUGGCGGUGGCUGCAGUAGUGAAGAGGGACAAGCGUUCAAUGAGUGCUAGCAGUGAAGAGAGCUUUGGCAGCUGGUCCCAUAUAACCCCAGAGGAUGACCCCCACGAGGAGACCAGUAGUUUUAUCCAGCUGAGCGAGGGGAAUGGGACCAGCAGCGCCUCCAGUCUAGGUCUGGCAGACCUGGAUGCAUUUUCUGAUGUGCCCACUCAGAACACUGUAAUAAGUGAUGAGACUGAAAAAGGCCACUUGGCAGGAACUAAGGAGAAUGUGUUUGAGAGCAUCUCAAAGAGGACAGCGGGUAGCGGUAGCAACCUCAGGGAGCUGCUGGUGGUAAACUGCGACCUCGAGCCGGAGAGCGUGGACUCGGAGCUCAGGGUUGCUCUGCAGUGGAUUGCUGCCUCGGAGCUUGGCCUUCCUGUUCUCUACUUCAGAAAGUCUAAAGAAAAGAGGAUUGCAAAGUUCCAGAGGGUCGUUCAUCUGAUGUGUCAGAAGGAGUGGCGGAUUGCAGACUUGUUCAGCACUGUGGUUCAGUUCUGUAAGCUACACGAGAAAGAGGAGGAGGAGGGCAGGACUCUGUCCAGCCUGUUUGACUGGCUUUUGGAGACCCUGUAGGGCAGACUUCUUCUCUUACUGCAAACACAAAGAUCUGCAUUGAUUUACCCACACUUCAUCAAAACGGUUCGCCGGAUCCCACUAAUCAUACAAAACAUGUAUUAGAAACUGAAAAAUAACAUCAGCUCCUCUCCUUUCCCUGGAAAUUGUAUUUUUUUUUGUCCAUCCGCAGCCAUGAACACCAGUCUCCCUUUAAUAAAGGCAUGUUCAUAUUUUCAGACUCACUUCUCUUGUGACAUGCACACAAACAGAGCAAACUGUAGGUAUACAGGUUGGACAUUUCCUGCUGGGAAUAAACUAGCCUUCAGAUUAUUGUCAGCAGGUUUUAACUGCUCUAUAUUAUAUAUAAAUAUAUAUUUACAGAUUCUCACAACCAAAUUGUUUGUUUAUUCCAAAUGAACACAAAACUUAACAUCAGUAGAAGAUUGCAGAUGUAUCAAGUUCAAAUCCGCCCACAACUUGACAUAUCCAAUCUAUUCUCUAAAAGAGGCAGCUGGAAUUGAAGCCUACAUUUUCCUGAUGGCCACUGAUGUUUCUGCAUAAAUGACCCAACAUGUGGAAAGACUUUCAUGCAAAUUCUAAAAUGUAAUAAAUGGGGCCCCCUAUAAAUUAAGGAGAUUAUUUAUUGAAUGUGAAAAUGUUAAAUAUUCGUGCUUGGGUUUUAGGGUUGUUGGGUUUUUUUUUCCCCUUCUGAUCUACCUUUUGUUACAGCCAGUGUUUAUUUUGAGCCACGACACACUCCAAUUGAUGGAACCCUUGACUUUAAUGUCCCCUUCAAAUGAAUUCAUCAUUGAUCUCAGUUGAACACAGAUAUUUGCACAUUAGAUAAACAAAGUGUAAUUCUGUUCUGUUGAGUUCCCUUUUCUAUCCAAGGAUGUGUGAAAAUAAUCUAGGUUACAUUAUGCUGAAAUUGAGACAAUUCUAAAUGGUUCACAGCUCUAUUAAAUGUAAUGUUAUCUUGUUCAUGUUACUUGAGAACUGAAUAUUUUGGAUAGCUGUACUGUAUAUACUGUAGAUUUGGAAUCGUUGCACCAUGGAGUAGUGACCUGCUCACUUUAGAUUUUACUGUCAGGAAGACGGUAAGGUUUGUAUUGUUGAAUUUGUAUGUGCGUUUGGUCUGUUUAUUUCUAUACUUAGUUCUUCAGUGUUACGUGAACACUGGGAGGGAAGCACACCAUGUAAUUUCAGAUGUAAACUCAGUCACAGUAGAACUGAAUGUAUUUAACUUUUGACAUCAAUAAAUUUCUGUGCUGUGAAGUACAAA